UUGAAAUUCAGGGGUAGAAACGUAAAAACGGUGAACUCUUCACCAAGCUUUCUCUCUACUCUAUCCCCCUUUCAUCGGAGAAUCAAUUAAACCCUAGCUAGUACAAAAAAUUUUACUCAGUAAUCAAUCAAUUGAGAACAAGUGAAGAUGGUGGCGACGAAUCUGAAAGCGGAGACGAUGAAAUUGAUGGAGAAGCGGAGUGGAAUAGAGGAGGAGAUGAAUGUCAUCAUCGAACGCCUCUGCCAGCCCGGCGGCCCUGGCCUCUCCGGCAACCUUGUCGAUUCCGAGGGGUUUCCGAGGACAGAUAUUGACAUUCCGACUGUCAGAGCUGACAGGCAUAGACUUGCUGAGUUGCGUAAUGAUCACAAGGAUAUAACGGAGAAGAUGAGCCAAAAUAUUGAGCUUCUUCAUUCUGCAAAACAUACUACAGCCACUUCAUCUGUUAAAGAUUCUGGCCCAAGUGCUGGCAUGUCUGUGUCCCUUGACAAAUCUGUAGCCAUAGAUGCUUCUAGUGCCAUGGAUGCGGAUUUUGACAUCGGCAGACCCUUUGCAAUUGUCGAUGAAAUUACUGAGUUGUCUCCAGCUGCAGAAGAUGGUUUACAACUGGGCGAUCAGAUUUUGAAAUUUGGGAAUGUGGAGGGAGGUGAGAGCUUGCUGCCCCGGCUUGCUGCUGAAGCUCAACAAAAGCAAGGUGAAGCUGUCCCCUUGGUUGUGUUGAGGCAGGGUUCUCUGAUUAAUCUGACUGUAACUCCUAGAACAUGGUCAGGUCGAGGUUUACUGGGGUGCCAUUUCCGGAUCUUAUGAUGAUGGAUUCAUGCACAUAACUCCUUAAUAGUUGGGAGCAAACUGCCUGGAGGGAAAAGAAUACUAGUAGUAGGUUUUUAUGUGCAUUCGAAAUAACUCUCUUACUUGUACUUACUCUGACGAUGACCCACACCCUGCUCUUCGAGUAUGUUUCUUGUAUUCGACCUUCAAUCUUUUAAUCUAUUCCCAAUCUUUCAUAUUGA